UAUCCAUAACAUUCAGCCAAAUCAGUAUCAUACAUCUAGGGUUCAUCUAAUCAAAUGUGUGACUUGUGAUUGUAUGAUCAAUAGAAAUUUACAAGGUCAACCCUCGCACUUAGAGACCUUUGACCAUGGCUUUGAAGCUUGAGAUUGAGUCAUUUCCUCGACUCGGGUCUUUAUAAGGAUAUGGGGCGAAGUAUAUGUAGCUUGGUUAAGCAUUUAAGCGAAUCCCUACCUCCUGACAGUCUUUUCUAAGAGAUUUUAGGUGCUCUCUCUUUUCAUGUGAUGCAUGCCUAGCCUUUAGAACUUUUGUGGCUCAAGUGGGUUCACUUUGCCUUAUACUUUGGUACUUGGUAGCCGGAUCGAGUAAGAGCAAUUUCACCCCUUAGCACUUGUAUAAGAGUCUACGUUUAACUUUUUAUCCUUAAUCGUGUGGAAUGUCAAUGAAAUCAAGGGCUGCCGGAAACUUUAUUUGUGUCCUUGAAAACAUCCUCAAGUGGUAAUCCUAUCCACAGGUGAAAGUCUUACUUAGGACGACGGAAGAACCAUCAUCAUCUUGUAGGACUAACCCACCAAAACUCAACUGUAUCUCUUCAAAAACUCGAUUUUGUGCAAUGAUAAGACACCUCACACUUGGCUUUUUACCCCACACUUUAAGUGAAAGAUAUUAAAUUUUAAUAAAUAAAUAAAAUAUCUAUCUAUAAUAUCACAACUAGCUAUAGUUGUGAAUUGCGUGGAGUUAUCUAGAAAUUGUAUUAAAUUAGUUAGUGGGGAUUAAGAAAAUGAAAAAAAGUAAGAACCACAAAUGGUUAGAUAUUUGUGGGGCUAAAUAGUUAUUGGGUGGUCGUUUAUGGUCGCCAAGUUUAGGCGACAAUUUGGUGUUGGAACUUGGCUAUAAAUAGCCUUGGAUUGUAUGUGUAUUUCUCAUCCCAAGCAAAGCAAAAAAAGUAGAAGAAAGGAAGAAGAAAGAGUGCUUAAGCAAUAGUGAGUUGUGAGAUAGUGAAGAAAUCAGAGAGCUUGUGAGCAUAUCGAUCCAAUUAUUUCUACAUGUUGUAUAAAAGCCAAGGUUAUUCCUUGUAUGCAUUGUGGUGACGGCUUAGGCUGAUCUUCUACAUCAUAAAAGAGUUCCUUGUUGUUAUCGAUGCCUAGGUUAUUUUCAUAUGCCCCGUGAUUGCUGCUUCAGCUGAUCUUCAACAUCAGAAAAAUGCUCCUUGUGAUGUGUUAUCAUAACUGGUUCAACCAAGAGCCAGUAGUGAUUAAAUCCCCAUCAGGUGGUCAAAGGUUACAACUAUUUCAGUAAGACUGAAAUAGAGAACUUGGAGAAGUUAUUAAGUAAGAAGAUGGAGGGUUUCUUAGUUACUGCUAUGGAGAAGUUGAAUGAGACCAACUACUCAAGAUGGAGCACCCGUACGUAUGGAGUUUUAUCUUAGAGGCCAAAAGCUAUGGGAAAUUGUCACCAUCCCACCACCAAUCAAUGAGAGGUUGUUAGAGGAUUGGAAGCAAAAAUCAGACAUGAUCAUGUACAUCUUAGCAGUCACAACAAAAGAUCAAUUCCUGCCUCACUUCAAGGGAAGCAAAUCCCCAAAGGAAACUUGGGAUACUCUCUCUACAAUCUUCACCAGAACCAAUGAGGCAAGACUCCAAAGAUUGGUGAAUGAGCUUAUAUCACUAUCCCAAGGACAUCGACCAUUGGUCAAUACUACAAAGAAGUUAAAAAAUAUAUGCGCCGAAUUUUCAAAAUUGGAUCUUGAUAAUCCAGUUUCAGAAGCUCGGACAAGGAGAAUUAUCUUCCAUGGCCUGAGAUCGGAGUUCAAGGGCAUAGUGAUCGCAACAAGAGGCUUGUCAAAGGAGCCAACCCAAGCUGAGUUGCAGAAUCUUCUAGAAAAUGAAGAAAUUCUCGUUGACAACAUAUCAAAGGUGUCAAUCAAGGAAGAUGAGAAGAUGUUGCUCAGCAAAAGUAAAGACUCUAAUAGCGGAGAAAAGGCUCUUGCAUAAAAAAAACGGUCAAAAAGUGGCUCUAAAAGAACCAUAAAUGGAACAAGAAAGACAAAAAAAUAUCGAGGGGGAGCCUAGAAAAAUUACAACCACCAUAACAAGGGUGGUGACAAAAACAGGAAGGAGAAUGACCUAGAGAAUGGCAACUACUACAUUUGAUACAUGAAGGGUCAUCUUACCAAAGAUUGCUAGCACAAAAACGAAGAAGACGACACUGCAACUUCUUCCAAGGUGAAUGAUGAUGAAUGGGAAUUUUAAACAUAUUUUGCAACAGAAACUCCAAAAGGCGCCAAGAAAAACUUAGCACUUAUGUCAGUGGAUGAGAAUCUCAUUUAUUAUGAAAAUGACUGGAUCAUGGAUUUUGGAUGUUCAAAUCACAUGAUCAGUGAUGAACAUAAGUUGUUAAACGUGUCUGAGUACAAAUGUAGACGAGUGGUUGUCACCACCAACAACUCUAAACUGUUAAUCACCCACAUCAGCGAGAAACUGGUUACUCCACGGUUUGGCAAUCAGCAUGUGGAAUUGUCAAACGUUUACCAUAUCUUUGGAAUGCGGAAUAGUCUGGUGUGAGUAUCACAAAUGACAGCAUCUAGCAAUUAUGUAGUAUUCGGCCGCAAAGAUUUGAAGGUAUAUUGGAGAUUACAACCAACUUAUAAUCCCAUCAUGCAAGGGUAGAAGCUGGAGUCUGUCUAUGCAAUGUCGAAAGAAGCUCCUUAUGUUGAGAAGACAAGACAAGAAGGAAUGAGACGACAAGCUUAUGACAUGCUCGUCUAGGACAUGUUGGCUAUUAAAAUCUUAGAGUAAUGAUGAAGAAGUCCAUCCUCAAAGGAUUCCUUAAUUUAAUAUCCGUGAAGAUAUCGUAUGUAUACCAGUACGGAAAAACUCAUAUGUGAUACCAGUAUGGAAAAACUCAUUGGCUAACAUAUGAACCUCUUAAUUUUGAUUUCCAAAUUAUGCUUAUUUCUCUUCUAAAUUUCGAACCGAACAACAUUAUUUCGGAUGCUCAUCCUAAUCUCCUAGCAUGGACCCAACGACAGAGGAGGUGGCAGAUAGAAAUUGGAAGACAACAGCGAGGGCAAAAAUUGUGGAGGAGAAACUCCAAAUGAGAUGGUUAGGAGCCAUGUUUAUGGAACCCAAAUAGACAGAGAUGAGAUACGUGGAGAUGCUUAUGUGUAGCAUUUAUAUUAGAAAGCUUCAAUUUGCGGUAUUUCUUCUCUGCUUUAUUUUGUUCAACUAGAUAAUUGACUUACGCUAUGCAGCGGGUAAUGGUGAAAAUUUAAUUGAACGAUAUUAGAUUGAAUUAGAAUAAAUUAAAUUUUUAUUU